AUGCCGCGGUGUCUCACCGAUCGUUGGGGUGGUGGUGGUGGUGGUGGCGUCGCUGUAAAGGUAGCUCUAGCAGUGGCGCUACUGUGCUGCGCUGCUGGCACCACCGUCCUUGCCAGCCGACCAGAGUCUGGACCAACGAAGACCGCUAAAGUCACCGCCGACAGCGUAGCCGCUGUUAGCGGUCCGACCGCCAAGCAAUCGGUCGUCGUCGUCAGUGCCACGGCCCCAAACAGUAGCACCAAGAAAACGUCGUCGCAUGGAAAGCGUGAGGUGGCCAGCUACGGAUACGGAGCGCACUUUCCGCAGCACAGUCGGUACAGCUUCGGAGCACAUUCAGGACAUCCAUUGUCGUCGUCGGAGCUGUAUGCCCCGGCGACCGGGCAUGGGGCGUACAGUUACAGCAUCCCUCAACAUUCGUCCUUCCCGGUGCAUGGAUCCUUCGGAGGUCAUAAACUGUUUGCCAGUCCAGCCAGUCUGAAGUACAGCCAACCAGGCGGCUCAUCGCAUGCCUUCUUCUCUCCGAUCGUUCACCACCACCACCAGCCUCAGACGCACUCAUUCAGUGGUGGGUUCUCCGAACCGAUCGGACAUCCGAUCAAGUAUGGCAGUAGCUUCGGAACGAACGAUCUGACCGACAUCCUGAAGAAGCUCCAAACGGUUGGUCCACUCACGAUUAAGGCCAUUCCGAGCAGCUUCGCUUACGGAUCGUUUGGAGAUCAUCACGAGCCGCAUCAUGCCAGUCCGUUGCUGUUCGACAGCAACUCGUUGCACUCGUUGAAACCGACAGCGUUUAAGGUGCAAGAGUUCCCUAGCUUCCACUCGGGGCUACCGCAAGCGGCCGCCUUGACUGCUCCUGGUCCUGGUCCAACAUCUACUUCCUCGACGUACGGACAUCUUUCGCACUCGCUGGGUUAUGAACCAUCGUACGCAAGCGGCGUCAAGGGACUACGUCACUAUUCCACUCCGAACGUACCGGAACGGGAUCUCUAUUCCGGCAAUAAGUACAUCUCCUCCAUUUCGCUGCAGCAACCGUCGAGUGCAACGAUGGUUUCUCCACUCCACACCUCGGUCCAUUCGACCUUCAGCACACAGAAACCAUUCAAACCAUCGACCUACCUCGGGUCCUCUCAUGAAACCAUUUCUGCACCCUCCAACUCCCAUGCCCAGACACACCCGAUUCCCACGGGAUCCUAUCUUGCUCCAUCGCUCCAGUAUCUCCCCGCCGUCAGCAGCAAACAGCCUCAUCACACACACAAACUAAGCUACGAUUCACCGGCCAAACAUGGUUAUCUGCCACCGGCACCACCAACCACCAAUGCCUACCUUCCGCCACUGUCACAUUCCAAACCAUCUACUAACGCUUACCUGCCUCCCGUGUCCGGUGCUGGGCAAUCCAACUACAUCCCACUCCACACAUCGGCCGGUUCCUCUUCGACGGGUUCGCACGAGGAUACGGUGCUGCUGCGUACCCUUUCAUCUGUGGCCGAGUACACCCGUGCGGUUAAUGGCGGUCAGGCGGUCCUGAAGGGCGACCAAGCUAGGAAGUGA